GGCGGGGGCGGGGAACCGGGGUGAGGAGAUCGCCGGAGUCCCCUGAGUGUGAGUGCGCUACCGCCUCCGCCGCCGCUCCGACACUGCCGCCACCCUCACCGCGUCACGGCUCCCAGGCCCGCCCUCCUCUGGCCCCUCCUCCCCGCUCCGUUUUCCCCUCCACUCCCCCUCCCCCUCCGACCGAGCGGUGACUUAAGCAACGGAGCGCGGUGAAGCCCAUUUUUCUCCUUCCUCGCAGCCGCGCCGGGCAGCCCGCGGCGCGUGGCCCCCACACUCCGGCCCGAGAUGAAUGCUGCGGCAGAAGCCGAAUUCAACAUCCUCCUGGCCACCGACUCGUACAAGAACUGAAGAAAGGAUCAUUGGCUGUCUAGGCACCAAGAAUGGUGUUUUGCAAAUAGGUGGAAUAGUGUCCAAGCACAUGACUACAUGUUGGGAUUUCGUUUUCACCUACAAAUUUUCGAUAGUGGCUCUUAACCAAAUUCAUGGAAAAGAACUUGGUGGUUACUCAUUAUAAACAGUACCCACCCAACACAAGCAAAGUUUAUUCCUACUUUGAAUGCCGUGAAAAGAAGACAGAAAACUCCAAAAUAAGGAAAGUGAAAUAUGAGGAAACAGUAUUUUAUGGGUUGCAGUACAUUCUUAAUAAGUACUUAAAAGGUAAAGUAGUGACCAAAGAGAAGAUCCAAGAAGCCAAAGAGGUGUACAAAGAGCAUUUCCAAGAUGAUGUCUUUAAUGAAAAGGGAUGGAACUACAUUCUUGAGAAAUACGAUGGGCAUCUUCCAAUAGAGGUAAAAGCUGUUCCUGAGGGCUCUGUCAUUCCCAGAGGAAAUGUUCUCUUCACAGUGGAAAACACAGAUCCAGAGUGUUACUGGCUUACAAAUUGGAUUGAGACUAUUCUUGUUCAGUCCUGGUAUCCAAUCACAGUGGCCACAAAUUCUAGAGAGCAGAAGAAAAUAUUGGCCAAAUAUUUGUUAGAAACAUCUGGUAACUUAGAUGGUCUGGAAUACAAGUUACAUGAUUUUGGCUACAGAGGAGUCUCUUCCCAAGAGACUGCUGGCAUAGGGGCAUCUGCUCAUUUGGUUAACUUCAAAGGUACAGAUACAGUAGCAGGAAUUGCUUUAAUUAAAAAAUACUAUGGGACGAAAGAUCCUGUUCCAGGCUAUUCAGUGCCAGCAGCAGAACACAGUACCAUAACAGCUUGGGGGAAGGACCAUGAAAAAGAUGCUUUUGAACAUAUAGUAACACAAUUUUCAUCAGUGCCUGUAUCUGUGGUCAGCGAUAGCUAUGACAUUUAUAAUGCGUGUGAGAAAAUAUGGGGUGAAGAUCUAAGACAUUUAAUAGUAUCAAGAAGUACAGAGGCACCACUAAUAAUCAGACCUGAUUCUGGAAAUCCUCUUGACACUGUAUUAAAGGUUUUGGAUAUUUUAGGAAAGAAGUUCCCUGUUACUGAGAACUCAAAGGGCUACAAGUUGCUGCCACCUUAUCUUAGAGUUAUUCAAGGAGAUGGAGUAGAUAUUAAUACCUUACAAGAGAUUGUAGAAGGCAUGAAGCAAAAAAAAUGGAGUAUUGAAAAUAUUGCCUUUGGUUCUGGUGGAGCUUUGCUACAGAAGUUAACGAGAGAUCUCUUGAACUGUUCCUUUAAAUGUAGUUAUGUCGUAACCAAUGGUCUUGGGAUUAAUGUCUUCAAGGACCCAGUUGCUGAUCCCAACAAAAGGUCCAAAAAGGGCCGAUUAUCUUUACAUAGGACACCAGGAGGGAAUUUUGUUACACUUGAGGAAGGAAAAGGAGACCUUGAGGAAUACGGUCAUGAUCUUCUCCAUACUGUCUUCAAGAAUGGAAAGGUGACAAAAAGCUAUUCAUUUGAUGAAGUAAGAAAAAACGCACAGCUGAAUAUUGAACUGGAAGCAGCACCUCAUUAGGCUUUGUUUUAUGACUGGAUGUGUGUGUGUGUGUGUACCUGCGUGUGCUUGGGUGUGUGUUUACGUGCAUGCAUGCACGUAUACACCUGUGUGUGUGAGUAUGUAAUGCAUAAUGUUUAUUGUACAGAUGUGUGGGGUUUCUUUGUGUUUUAUGACACAUUACAGCCAAAUUAUUUGUUGGUUUAUGGACAUACUACCCUUUCAUUUUUUUGUUUGUUUUUUGUUUGUUUGUUUGGGGCCAGUGUUUAGGUGAUCUCAAAUUAGGAAAUGCACUUAACCAUGUAAAAGGUAAUUGCUAAAGUAAGCUUUUUAGGGCCCUUUGCCAAUAGAUAGUAAUUCAAUCUGGUAUUGAUCUUUUCACAAACAGAACCAAGAAACUUUUAUAUAUAUAACUCAAGAUCACAUAAAACAGAUUUGCAUAAAAUUAUCAUGAUUGCUUUAUGUUUAUAUUUAACUUGUAUUUUUGUACAAACAAGAUUGUGUAAGAUAUAUUUAAAGUUUCAGUGAUUUAACAGUCUUUCCAACUUUUCAUGAUUUUUAUGAGCACAGACUUUCAAGAAAAUACUUGAAAAUAAUUACAUUGCCUUUUGUCCAUUAAUCAGCAAAUAAAACAUGGCCUUAACAAAGUUGUUUGUGUUAUUGUACAAUUUGAAAUUUAUGUCAGGACAUACCCAAUAGAAAUUACGAAACCUCACUGCCCCUUGUAGAAUAUGUAUGAAUCAUUCUACCUUAAAGAAAGUAACGGUUCUUACUGGAAUGUCUAGGCACUGUACAGUGAUUUUACAUGUUGGUCAUUGUAUUGUACCAGUGAAAUGCCAAAUUUGAAAGGCCUGUACUAUGAUUUUAUAUGUCAGAUAUUGCCUGUGGCUCUAAUAUGCACCUCAAGAUUUUAAGGAGAUUUUUAGAGAGAAUUUCUGCUUACACUAUAGAAUAUAUACAUAAAAUGUAAAAUAUUGACAGAAAUGGAAGUAGUGUAUUUUAAAGUAACUACACUUCUGAAUUUAUUUUUCCUAUUCUAUAGUUGAUAUGACUUAAAUGAAUUCCUGGAAUGGGUAGUGAGUGUACUUAUUUUAAAUGUUUUGAUUCUGUUAUAUUUUUCAUUAAGUUUUUCAAAAAUUAAAGUGGAUAUUAAAUUUUAUGGAUAUCAUUUUUUAAAUUGACUCCUUCAAUAAAUAAUACUCAAGGAAGUUCUUAAAUGAAGAUAAAUUUUCCCUAAUGAAAAGCAUGGUGACAUGAGUUUGAAUAGAAGAAUCUUAACCAGCAAUAGAAAGUUGGCUAAAUUCCAAGUGUUCAAUAUCAACAUGUCCUGUUGCAAUUGAACUGUAUGCUCUAAGUCUGUCAUCACCACUUCUGACUAGAGGCCAAGGGGUUUUUAAGAUUAUUCCUUUAUAUUUCAGUCUGUUCUUCUAAGGCAGGGAUUGGCCAGCUAUCGCCCAAAGGCCAAAUUUAGACUACUCUUUUUUUGUAAACACACUUUGUCUAGGACUGCUUUCUCACAACAGCAGCAGAAACUGAGUCAUUGCAGUAGUGAUGCUGUGGCCCACAAAGCCUGAACUGUUUAUUUUCUGGCCCUUUACAGAAAAGUGUGUUGUCCCCUGUUGUUAGACAAGGAGUAUACCUUAAUGCGGACUUUUUAUCUCUUGUCUUUUCUCACUUAAGAAUCUGAUAUUGGAAGACUAUUUAGAAAAGUUAUAACAACAUGACGUUAAAAGUAAAAUUUUAAAAAUUGAAAAGCCACAAAUCAUCUAUCCUAAACAGUAAUAUCAAAAAGUAUUUAUCACUAGAGUAAUCUAAUUAGAGGUGAGUUAUUGCUAGUAAACCUCAUUUAUAAGCAUACAGGUGUUUGAAGAUGAUUCUAAGUACUUGUUUAAUGAGAACAGUAGGCAUCCUUCACACUUUUGAGUAAGAGUUUUCAUCCUGUAACCCAUGGUAGAAAAUAAUUUUAAGCUUAUUUCUUUUUUAAAUGGGUCCCAGUAAAGAGUAGCAGUAUGAGACCACACCUUUCUUCACAAAAUGUGCUAAGGGGCUGCUAGAGAAACAAAAGAAACUUAGAGUAACAAUUUUGAUAACUACCUAUAAUAUUCAUUUUGUUUAAACAUUGGAAUUAUACUACAGGUAAUAUUCUUUGUACUGCAUGAAUUUCAGCAGUUUCAGAGUAUCUACAGGAGUUUUAUUUUAAAACUUUUAGUGAAUGCUAAAAUCUGUACAUUAGUAUAUGGCCACAGAUCGGGGGGAUGGAAUGAUUAAUUCUGUUAGCUUCUAGCCCUUUGGAACUGAUUAAUCCUAAAUUUCCAUCAAACAUUUAGUAUUUGGCCAUUCCCAUUCCGAGUAGCAACUGGUUAACACAGAUGUCACAUAGAAAUCUGCUGUGUCACCUUAAAUCAGCCUAACUCUUCCAGACAAGCAAAUGACAUGUAUGGGUUUGCUUAAGUCAUUAGCUUUGCAGUUGACAUUAUUUAGUCCCUCUCAACUCAUACUAUCAUGAACUAUUUGUAUUUUAAAUAGAAGAGAGGAGUUGUGUGUUAAGGCUCUUUAUUUAUACUCUAUACUUAAAAUGGUUUUAAUGAUAUCCCUUAUUUCCCUUUUGAAAUAAAUUGUUAUGAAAAGUAUUUUAUAAUGAAAUCCAUCUUGGGAAACUAGAAAGAGAAAAAUGGCAAGGUAAUUGUUUUGUUUGCCAUAAUUCAGAAUUCAAACUUAACAAGUAUUUUGUAGUUUUACAUUCCUUUUUAACCCAUUCAGUGGAGAAUGUCAGCUUUUCUCCCAAGAUGUAUGUUAAAUCAAUUCUAAUAUGUAUUCAGCAUCAAAGAUAAACAUGUAAUAAACACGGAAAUAAAGUUUAGCUCUCUUAGUGAACUGUGAAA